AUGUCGAGCAAUUUAUCGACUAAGAAACCAAAACUAGCCGACAAAAAGAGUUUCACAACUGUGGAUGAGUUUCCCGAAUUACGAAGGCUCUUGGUUCUGUUAGAAUCGAAUUAUCAGGAUCAUUACCAAGUUUCUCAAGCUGGUUUGCAGAAUUCGCUUCGACUUACAAAGCAAGCCUACAUUGAACAACCGGAGACAAAAACGGCGUCAUCUGUUUGGUUUAUUCCAGUGAAACCGGAGAAAAACGCUUCAAAAGUUGCUAAAAUCAGUCCUAGACAUAUUCCCAAAAAGGUGACACCCAAUCAAAGUUUCGACCAACCAGAUAAAGAAAAAUUGUCCGAAGAGAAAGGAGAAUUAAGAAGUUCAAAAAAUCGAUUGAACGUCAACCUUGGUGACACUGCUCAAAAGAAUCAAGGUUUGGUUACAGGGAGCAAGUUGUUUCACAGAAUCAGCACAGAAUCACCUUCCGAUGUUUCAAACUGUGAUGAACUAAAGAAGAGUAAGCAGUCAAUAAUUCAGAAGGAGGGAGACAUAAUUCCGGGUGAACACCCGUCGAAAUUGAAUAAAGAACUUGGCAAGCAAACACACCUACCAGAGAUGGAAGAUGGAAUUGACAAUCCACUCAUACAAUCUGGUAAUCCCCAACCAGGUUCAUUAAACCCCGAAAAGACAGCAGCCUCUACCUCACAUCUGAAACCUGGGGACAUUCCUCUUACACGAAUUGCUAACAGAAGAGUCAUCAAAGCCCCAUAUGAUUAUCUUAAAGGUUAUACAAAGGAUCAGUUUCAACUUGAACCGGUUCUUCCGCGCUAUCCCGUUCAGUACAGCAGGACAUAUAACCACGCUGAUAUAGUAUCUAAUACGGAACUUCUACAGCAAGCUCGAAAGUAUGGAUCCCCAAAUUUCGUUGCACGUCUGGACAAUGAGAUCAAGCGCAUGCAGGCAAAUUCUGAACCGUUAUUCAACAAAGAAGGUGACGUUGUCUAUCGCUUACGUGUGGAAUCGGUUCGUCAUUUGCGCUUGAGACAAAUAGGGAAUAGUCGCGACUCACACUCGGCAAGUUCCACAUCGAUUACAAACCCCACACCACCCAUGAGUAUUGUACUGCAUGGUUCGCUUUGUGAUGCACCCAGUCUGAAACUGGUUAGCGCUGAACUAGCUCGUUUGGGCGAGGUGGCUGGACAACCAGUUAUUCUACGUGACCCACUAUCGAACACGAGUCAGAUAGACAGAGACAGACAUACAUUUGGCGACGUCCCACAAGUGACGACAAAACGCCAGCCAGAUCAUGAGGGGUGUCCGCAAGUGGAUUAUUUCGCAAUUGUCUGUUCGCGUUUGGGCAAACUGAUCGGUUUGGACAUCAAACCAGUAACUUCAGCGGUGAAACAAAGUCGGUACGACUGGUAUGUAAAAAAUAUCACAGUUGACGAGUUGGAUCGACAAAAGCGGUAUCAUUUCAACUGUAACCGUUGGUUAUCGCUUGAAGAUCAAGUGAUUCAGUGCAGACGUCGGCACACUCAGUCAGCUGGUCGGAAUAAUAAACGGAACAAUGCUUCACCGAACCGUGAAGUGAGAAUCGCUCUCUCGACGUGGCUCAACAGUCCCAAAAGNAAAAGUCUAGGCCAGUCGAUCGCUAGCAAGCAGAUCCAUCCAGAUCGAAUUCAACCAACAGAAAAUAUUUUGUCAUCUAAACAGCCCUCAGUGAUAGCCCCGACCCCGUCGUCGGUCGUCUAUCCGCAACCGGAUGUCGUCGGUCAGGGUGAUCAGUUUAUACAAGUACAAGAUGGCAGCUCAGUGAAGACGGGUACUGAGUCUAUUCUAAUCAAAUUUCCAAUGCUCCUUAAAUCAGACGACUGGGAUCGACUUGAACACGGUGCAACCGAUGAAGAUUCAUUUUGGAGUGAUGAAUGUUUGACAAGUUGGAAAGAUGAGCCAUUUUCAGAAAUAAAUCUCCAAUGGGAUCCCUGCAAGAAGAACCAACUAAACGCAGUUGCUAAGGCUCUUCAAGACUCAACUCCGGAAUACUUGAUCCAAGCUCUAUCACUCCUCCCUUGGAUACAUGUAAAGGAAAUUUAUGGGCCAGAUCACGAUCAAAGUUGUUUGUCGGCCGGUAGUCGCGGUUCAAUCCGAUCCACUCUGUUGAGUGUAGCCAGUGCCAGUCUAACAUUUAUGCCCGAUUGGUUGGUGGGAGCUUUACCUGUUUGUAAAUUAAUUCAGCCGUUACCUGAACCAGAUAUUAUUCUGUCAGUCGAUUUGUACCAAUCUCAGUUCGAGGAGGAAGCGGACCCUCAAACCGCAUGUAAGCUUGAAACUCCUCGAGUGAAAAGCAGUCAACUGUGUCUGGUUUCUACAGUGACUGAUCAACAGAGUCUCUGUAAUGAACAAGUGGAACAACAAGAAGAUGAUGAAGUAGAAGAAGAACAAGGAGAAGAAGAAGAGGAUCCUCCGACGUUGUAUGCUCGGGAACUUUUCCCUCACAGAAAACAAAUCCACGAAUUGCAGGAAGAUGAUUCCGAUAUGACAGGCAAACUGCUUCAACGACCUCCUUUACCACAAUAUCCGUCACAGCUUGCUGAAGAGGUGGAGUAUCAACGGGAUUAUGAAGAUGAACAUUGGGAAUCAGAAGAUACAACUGAACAAUCCACACAGUCAAACAAUCGGAAUCAAAUGCUCCCCCAGGCCGAUACAAUCUCUUGCGGUUCGCACUCUGAUGUGCGAACAGAUUUGGAUCAGAUACAGUCGGUGGAUACAUCAAACGUUCGAAUUGCACCCAUGACAGUCUGUCGACAACUUAUUUCCACCGUGGGACCGGACUCAAGUUUACAGACUGAUACUACCAAAGAGGGUCAACAUAUGGAGCUCACUGUUGGAAACAUAGUAAGUUCAUCUAUUUAUCGAACAUAUCUAUUUCUGUUUCGUUCAAAUUCCAAAUCGAAUUUGAUUCUCCAAGACAAUAGAAAUAAUCUUUUCCCGGGGUUAAAAAGUACCGGGUAA